GGCCCAACCCCGCGAACAGAACCUUAUUUUCCCGGGAAAAUUGUGAAGAGCUUUCAAUUCUUUUCCAUUCACCCAAACAACAAGAAAAGGGUUUUCGAUAUGGACAAUUCAUCAUCAUCAUCAUCUUCUUCUUCUUCUUCUUCUUCUUCUUCUUCUCAGUCACAGGCUCAGCAACAGCAGCAUGAUCAUGUGGAUCGCUUGAUAAACGCCAAUGGAUUAUACAAAUCACCUUCUAGAACAAUCUGCUCCGACAGGUUCAUCCCAUGCAGAUCUUCUUCCAAAUUCGCGCUGUUUGAGUUAUCAUCUCCGCCGCCGUCAUCAGAUUCCAGCAGCGCCGCCUACAACAACCUCUUGCGGACGGCGUUGUUCGGCCCCGAUGCUCCCAUCACCCCCGACAAACGAACCCCUAAUAUUUUCCGUUACAAGACGGAGACUCGCCACUCCGUACACUCUCUAUCUCCGUUCGAUGACCCCAUGGGCAUGGUUUCUUCCUCUGAGGCCAAUCAUGCCCCUGUAGUGGUUAAGCCCCCUCGUAAGGUUCCUCCUUCACCUUCUAAGAUUCUGGAUGCUCCUGCACUGCAAGACGAUUUUUAUCUGAAUCUUGUGGACUGGUCUUCCCACAAUGUGUUGGCUGUGGCUCUGGGUAACUCUGCUUAUUUGUGGAAUGCUAGCACCAGCAAGGUAACUACAUUAUGCGACUUGGGGAUUGACGACCUAGUUUGUUCGGUUGGCUGGUCUCAGCGUGGUACACACCUUGCUGUUGGAACUAGCACCGGUAAAGUGCAGAUUUGGGAUGCAUCUCAAUGCAAGUUGAUAAGAACUAUGGAGGGUCAUCAUUUACGUGUUGGGGCCCUGGCCUGGAGUUCAUCUAUUUUGUCUUCUGGUAGCAGAGAUAAAAACAUUUAUCAACGAGAUAUACGUGCACAGGAAGAUUUUGUCAGUAAACUGUCUGCACACAAGUCAGAGGUUUGUGGACUGAAGUGGUCUUAUGAUAACCGUGAGUUAGCAUCUGGAGGGAAUGACAACAGAUUGCUUGUUUGGAAUCAACAUUCAACUAUGCCUGUCCUGAAGUACUUAGAGCAUACAGCAGCUGUUAAAGCCAUUGCUUGGUCUCCUCAUGUUCAUGGACUUCUUGCGUCAGGUGGAGGAACUGCAGACCGAUGCAUUCGUUUCUGGAAUACCACCACAAAUUCACACUUAAGUUGCAUGGACACUGGAAGUCAGGUCUGUAAUCUUAUCUGGUCCAAAAAUGUCAAUGAACUGGUAAGCACACAUGGCUACUCCCAGAACCAGAUAAACAUUUGGAAAUACCCUGCCAUGUCAAAGGUAGCAACUCUUACGGGUCAUUCUUAUAGAGUUCUUUAUCUUUCCAUCUCUCCUGAUGGGCAGGUAUUUCAACUAUUGUCACUGGAGCUGGAGAUGAAACUCUUAGGUUUUGGAAUGUAUUCCCUUCCCAGAAAUCUCAGAAUACUGAAAGUGGAAUUGGAGCAUCAUCUCUUGGAAGAACUAUAAUUAGAUGACACUCCUUGCAUAUUUUCUACUCAAGUCAUGUGACAUGCUCCAAGCUUCGGAUUUUUUGGCGGAGAAAAUUUCAGAGCAGCAAGAACACCGUGGUGAAUAUUUUUGCAUUCACCGUGGUAUAUAGCUAAUGGUGGAAAUCCAUGCUAUAUGUGUGGAUAGUUCCAUAUAGAGGGAAAAAGUAAUUUUAUUGGCAUCCUAGAUCUAUUUAUGCAUGUUAAGGGAGUAGUAGGCCAACUUUGUUUUUCUGCCUUUUUUUUUUUUGUUCUUUUUAGUAGUGCUUGCUCCCUUGCAUUGUACAUUGUCUUUAAAAGACAUAAUAUAUUAGAUUAUUAGUGUUAAUAUAUAAUCUCUUCUUGAUA